UUGAUUAUUUACUUGUUUGUAACUCAAAGUUCACAUGCAAGAUGAACAAGUUCCCUCGACUAUUGCAUUGCAUGAAUGUGAAAGUCAGUGACAAAGUCAUAAGGAGUGCAUUUGAUAAGAAUAUGUGUGUUGUUGAUGUGGUAGUGUCAGAUGAAGAACAUGGUCAUGAUGUUGUAAAAGAAGCAUUUGAAGAAUUUGGCAUUGCCUAUAGAAAACAAGAUUUGAAGGACAAGGAAGAGGUUCUUCAUCUUCUCGAGUAUGAAGAAGGCGAGAUAGUUGAAAUGAAACAUUCAAUUUCUGAAUUAGAAGAAAUGGUUGCAAAAUGUAAGGAUGUGGUGGGAAAGGAUGAGUACUAAAACGAUGCUGGUGAUGAAGUUUCUGUUGAUGACGACGAUGAUGGUGAUGACGAAAUGUUUAAUGAGCCUUCCGUUAAGGCGAAUCAUGAUGAAGAUGUUUUUGUAAACAAUGACGAUGGAAAACAUAGCAACAUGUAUGACCUAUGAAGGCCCAACCUCGAAAGCGGUACAAGAGUGGUGUGACAAGAACACCUUUCCCUGUUUAUGGAAAUAAGAAGAAUUUGAAAUAACUAACAUUGGGAUGAGUUUUUGGGCAUUUAGAAAUGCAAAUAUGUAGUAAUAAAUUUA